AUUCUGAUAAAGCUCUCACUCUCUUUUUAUCUUCCCCAUCCCUCUGCUAGCUUACUUCAUCAGUUUCCAGCACAAAGUUCUCAGCAGCUUCAAUUAACUCUUGUACUUCCUUCCUUUCCCAUCUUUUCCUUACAUAUAAUAGAUACGUACCAUAUAUAAGCUACUAGAUAGCUAGCUAGCAACACCAGAGUAGCAAAUGGAUAUUAACCAACUAAAAUCAGAGGAGCAGAUGGAAAUGAUGAUGAUGAUGCAAAUGGAUAAAAUCUCCGAGCUCUGCGGCGCCUACAACGACGUCGUUUCCGACCUCCCUUCCUCUGAACACUUUCCUGGUAGUGCAACUUCCAUGCCACAAUACUGUCAUGACCAAAACCCUCACAAUGUUUCUUCACCUCCGCCCUCAUUUCUUAACCUAAGCCCAUCAACCAUAUCAUUCACCAACUCACUUGAACAAUCACCACAACCUCAACUGGCUUCCGAUAAGCGUGCUUCAAUGGCGGCGAUGAGGGAGAUGAUAUUCAGAAUCGCCUCGAUGCAGCCAAUCCACAUAGACCCGGAGUCGGUGAAGCCGCCGAAGAGAAGGAACGUGAAGAUUUCCAAGGACCCUCAGAGCGUGGCGGCGCGUCACAGGAGGGAGAGGAUUAGCGAGAGGAUUAGAAUACUCCAGAGACUAGUCCCCGGCGGGACUAAAAUGGACACUGCGUCCAUGCUGGACGAGGCUAUCCACUACGUCAAGUUUUUGAAGUCUCAAGUUCAGACGCUGGAGAGAGCCGCCGUGAAUAAUAAUAAUAAUAAUAAUAAUAAUAAUAAUAGGGUACCGCAAACCGGGAUUGGUUUUCCUGUGGCCAUGUCAAGUGGGAGUAAUUACCUUUCUAAUUCUAUGGCCAAAGCGUACCAAGCUCAUCCUCCGCAGCAUCAUCAGAAUGUGCGGCAUUUUGAAGAUGCUUGAUUAACGUCUUAGGGAUUAUUAUUAGUCGUCGUUUGCUUGGAGGGAUGUAAAGGAACAUGUGCAUGGCUAAAUUUCCUUUACUCUUUGACCUUGUA